AUGUGGAAUUAACCAUUUCCAACUGCAUACAUUCAAGCCUAAUAGCCAAUCAUCUAUCCAAUUUAUUACAUGCCUAUCGUUUAAGGUUAUUUAGGAUAAUAGGAACUUUACUUCCAUAAUUAACAAUACACCUAGGGAUCUUACUAAGAGGAAAAGAAUACAGUUUUGGAUAUGUCUAAAUCACCUACAGAGACAUCCUAAGUGAAAAAAUAAGUGAAAUAAUAAGAGGAAAGCAAUGGUUAAAUUGUUGUCGCAAAUAAACUGAAAUAAAAAAAAUGUAUAUCUGCAUUAAAUAUGUCGCAAAAGUCGACUAACAUAUAAAAGAAUUAUGCAAAAGCAAUUGUUUAAUACAUAAUAAGAUAGAGAAUAGAGAUAUUAAAAUACUUAGGUGAAAAAUAAGGGAUAGAAUUUUUAAAAAUCUUAACGUAAUUGAAAAAUAAUAUAAAAAAUAUCAACCAUAUUAAGAAACACUUAAUAGAUAAUGAUCAAUAAAAAUUAUUUAGAAUUAUAGCUUAUAGAUUUUUAAGAAAAGAAGCUAUUGGAUAUGUUUAUAAUUCAAAUGUAAAAUCAACUAGCCAUCAUAUUUUAUAUAGAAAUCAAAUAAUAUUUAAUUUAUAGAAAUGUUGA